AUGCGUUUCUUCUUCCGCAUCGCCGUUCUCGUGCUGAUGGCGUGCUGCCACGUGGCGACCGCCCGUCCGUACGAGUCGUACUUUGACGAGGCGCUCGUCGGCGCCGAACUGCAGCCGAGGAUGCUGUACAAGAGAGCCGAGUGAGUUGAGCGGUGCAAUGAUCAGAGGCAAAACAGUGUUUCUUGAUAGAAUUCUGGUCUAUACACUUUCAUACGUUACCUUGAUGAAGCUUACAGGGACCUAAAGUCACUCAGUAUCCGUUCUAUUAUGGGGCUAUUCAGCGUAUGUUUGUUUUCCGUUUUUUUUGCAUCGCUGAAUUGGAUUCUUUGACGUAAAAAAACGAAAAAAAAACGGAUAAAAAUCAUUUUUUUCACAGCCUCACGGUAUCCAGAGCUGACAAUGGGCGCAAGUGCGCCCCGCCCAAUAGAGCGACACAUUGGCGCGAAAUUCAAAUUUUAACAGCAAAAUUUAUGUUUUUUGCCAGAUUAGCCACGAAAAACCGAUAAUUUCUCAUUUGUCUCUCGAUAGACCGAUUCUAUAGGCUAUUACGAAUUUUUUAAGCGCAAGAGCGUUAAAUUUGGUCAAGUCGCAAAUCACAUUUAUCCGUUUGAAGGUUUUUGGCUAAAACUGCGUGAAUUUCAGUUGCUUUUCGGUAAUUUUCGCUGUUCGAGCGCUCAAAAUGCUUGUAUUUACGUGAUUUAUCAUUCUCAAAACCAAUUCUGUCUGAAAACGGUCAAGAAAGCGCAAAAUGAGAAGUGCGGUUUAGGCGGCGAAGGCGAAAAAGCGAAAUCCGCGAAAAAUGCGCCAAAACGUCAUUAAUUCCGAUAAUUAGUGUGUUUUCCUGUCGAACAUGCAUUUUUCAUCGCCUUUGGCCACAAAAAUCAGAGAAAAUCUGCUCAAUUCUUGAAAACGCCAUUUGGCCGCCGAGGCCACGCCCAUAUUGUCAGCUCUGGAGAUCGUGCGCUACAAUGUCUCUAAUGGAAGUUUUAGGGUUCACAGCUGUUUGGAACUAGUUCUUGGGACGUCUGCAUUGAACCAGGAAUUCAUAUAGAAGCUCCUUAACACCUGAAAGACCUAAAAACAAUUCGAUUUCAGUGGCGGCGCGAACCAGGCCCUGGUGAUGGCUCGUCUCCAACAACUACUCGGCCCGGAGGCGUUCGCCGAAAACGACUCGCACGGCCGUCUGUCGAAUCUUCAGCGGCUCGGCUAA